AUGGUUCUCAUUCCAUCUCUGUCAGCCAUUCCCACUUUCAUCAUUGUCUUGCAGAUCUCUGUGAUUGAUCCGAGACGUUACCAGAACUGUACGAUUAUGCUUUCCAAGCUGAAGCUUUCCCAUCGUGAGAUACGAGCCGCGCUUUUAGCCAUGGAUGACAGAGGAAAACUUCCCAAAGAUAUGCUGGAGCAGAUGCUGAAGUUCGUGCCGACUAAGGAGGAGAUCAGCAUUCUAAAGAGCACUGUGAGUCGUCACAACUCGUCGUCAGUGCUUGCACUUGCCGAUCGUUACCUCCACGAAAUGGCACAGAUACCACGAUUUGAACAGCGCCUACGAUCACUGUACAUAAUUCGCACAUUUCAAGAACGACUCGAUAGCCUCACGCCUCAUAUUCAAAGUGUCACUAAAGCAUCGACAGCAGUUUCGUCAAGCAAGAAGUUCAAGCAACUUCUUGCGCUGAUUCUCGCCUUAGGCAACUAUCUCAAUUUCGGCAAAAGAAGCGGAAAUGCAUUCGGAUUCGACCUCUCGUCGCUGAAUCGGCUGUCAGACGUGAAGUUUGCAGAUCGGCCGGAUCGCACACUGCUUCAUUACCUUUUACAAGUGAUUGAAAAUCGUUUUCCAGAUUUAGGAAAACUGAAGAAGGAACUUGUAGCGGUGUACGAUGCUGCCAGAUAUAAUCGUAAUGACAUCCUUGUGGAAAUUCGUAGUUUGGAGCAGUCGAUAGCCACAGUUCGCUCUGAACUAUCAUAUAUCAAAGAAUCAACUCAGCACCACGAGGAUUCUUCCAAGGGCACGACUCAGGAUUCGACUACUGAGCGAAAAAAGGAUCGUUUUGAAACGGUGGCCAAGCAGUUCAUAGUCACAGCAUGCCAACAGUAUAAUCUUCUAGAAAAGAUGCACAGCGAAAUGAAAGCGAAGUUCUCUGCAUGCGCUGCUCAAUUUUGCUUCGAUUCCAUCAAUCCGGAGGAGAUGUUCAGUUGCCUAGCGAAAUUUCUCACAGCAUUCUGUGAUGCGCAACAACAGCUGUGGGCAGAAAACGAACAUAACGAACAAGUGAAGCGCCAGACAAUCGCUAGAAGCUAUUUCGCCAAAAGGGUCUCUCGCCGUCGUGAUAACGAGCGCGACUUUGAUCAGCUUAUUAGCGCUCUUCAAUCCGGCGACUUGUUCAAGGACGACCUUAGUCGCCUUCGCACCUCAUUCCGAAUACCAAAGAGGAAUCGAGUGAAGCAAUAA